CCUUGAUAUUUUCCUCAAAGAGAUGAGCCUGAGGCACGCGAGCAGGGUGCUGCUGAGGGCGGCGCAGGCCGUCGCGAGGGCGAGGCUGCAGCCGGCGACGGCGUCCAAGUCCGCCAUGCCGCCGGCUGCUGGAGCUCUGAAGCCACCGGUGUCGGGAGCCGCACUCCAGCCGCAGCAGGCCACCAGGCGGCUCUCCGGCGGCCUGGCGGACGCGUCGACGCAGAGGGCAAAGACGAUCAGGAGGAGGGCCGAGAAGUCCGAGAACGUGAUGCACCUUGUGUGUUGGGGACCCAACUAGCCCGUGCUAGCUGGUCGUUCGUUCUCGAGUAUCGAAGACACGAUGAUAGGAGCAUACGAGUUGGUGGCUGGAUCUACUCUCCGUCUCUCCGUGUAUGCAUGUAAACGUAGAGGAGAUGUAAAAUUAGGACUGUAAUAGCUGUUCGUUCACUGAUGCACACUUGUUGCGGGUUGGUGGCUGGAUCUACUCUCCGUGUAUAUCCAAUAUUCACAACAAUAAUAUACUUGCAAGAGCAGCUCACUACAAUAUUAAUUCCACCACAUAAUCAUGAAUAUAUCAAAUAACUCAUGUGUGUCAUGCCUUCAAUGCCAACACAACCAAACCACACCAAACUUGAGCAAUAUAUGCCAAUAGAAGGCAAGCACAGGAGCAACAACCAAUAUGAUAAGAAAAACACCAAAUCAAUGGGAUACACAUGG